AUGGCCUCGAGAACCAUUGAAAGACUUCCUCCUGAAAUUUUAAUACACUGCUGUUCUUAUCUCAAAGGAUCUAUCGUGGACAUUCAGAACCUCCGCCUCACGUCAAAAUGGUUCUGUAACGCCAGUUCGAAUUUCCUUUUUGAUACACUCAGUAUCAGGAUCACCACGAAGUCGAUAUCGACACUGGAAGCAGUAUCGAACCAUCCUAUUUUUCGCAAGUCUAUCACAGCCAUCAAGCUAUGCCUAUGUUUCUACGGAGACAUCGAAGACCAGCGAGCGAGGAUCCGCCUAAUAGCAGAGUGUGACCUCCAUUUCAAUUCCAUUGGCUGGACAGUUACAAGAGCUUUUAAUUCGAGACAAAGGACGGUGGAGGCAGAACAAUUCAAUGGAAUCCUAUUCCGAAUCUGUGAAAUUAAGCAGGCUCUGAGUGCUCUGAAGUUGGAGGGAGCUGAAACAGUUUCUCCCUCUUUGGACAUUGCAACCUUGCGGAUGAUAGCAAAUUCUAUUGAAAAAUAUAAAGCUCAAUUUGCUGAUCAACAAGUUGCCAUUAAGCAUGGCACUCAUCUAGAAAGGAUAGGGGUCGCUUUGUCCAGGUUCCGUCGUGUACUCUCGUUUAAAGUGCUGGGGAACAUCGAAACAAUAAAUAAAAAUAAUUACAGAAGUUGUUCAAUGGCUACGAUCUUGGAGUGGCUAAAUUCGGAUGAGACAUGUUCGAACAUUAUUUUAAAUGUGAUGGCAUCUCGAGGUCAGUACCUGGCGUUUGACAUCGAACAAAGAUUUGCGCAAUCUUUCAAAGGAAUUUUCUCUCAGCUUUCCAAGCACAAAAUAUUCCCUUCCGUCUUUGCCGUCGAAUUGGACGCUCCUAAACAAACACAACUUUUUCGACCGAAGAAAGCUGAAUGCGAUGCUAUCAAAAGUGUCGUGCAUAAGGCAGAACACUUGUCGUUUGCAGUGCGUUGGUGGUCGCAACAGAACCCUGAGUUUGGUUUCGUCAUAUCUACAGACCAGCACUAUGAGGAGAUACAACAUUUUGCUAGCUUAACGAAGGCGUUUUUCGAUACUGAGACUGUGCGCUCCGUGAAUCUGGAUAUCCGUGAUUAUUCUCUCCAUACAGCUCCACCGCAUAUCAGUCUGUAUCGAUUGCUUCCUGAUUGCGAGUGGCCACACCUGCAGGCUCUAUCACUCGUUGCCGUGCCAUUCCAUGAACAGGAGCUCCGGAAGACAGUAGAUCGUCAUCGAAACUCUCUAAAGAUACUGGAGAUGGACGGCCUGCAGCUACUCAGUGGAAGUUGGAGGGGUGCGCUUCGGAUUCUGCGUGAAUUGGAUAAGUUGGAGGAGGUAUCGUGGAGAUGGCCGACUGGUGGAGAGCAUGGAAACGGUUCCUCUGAGGAUGAUUUGAUAUUCCACUUCUCCGAAAAGGACGUUUGCCAAUAUCUCCUUAAAACAAAGGAUACGGAGAACCCACUUGGGUUGGGGAAUGUUUGA